AUGGAUAUGCUGCAGGGUGCAAAGAAUGGCGACACACGAAGGUUUGACGAUUGUAAUCGUUCGUUAGAUGAAAAUAAAUUAUCCCGUCAUCAAAACACAAGAUCACGGGUUCAAGGGUCAUAUUUAAGUAGAAGCAGACCGGAUGGAACACAUUCAGCGGUUAAACCAAGAUAUUCAGUGCAUGAUUCUAAACGAAGAUCGUUUUCAAGUUCAUACGAAAUUUCCAACGAGUUAAAAUUUAAUUUGAGAAAUAAAUUUGAUGAAGAUGGAUUGAACUCAGUGAGGAAUGUUCUUUGUGAGGAGAUGACAUCUAGGUUCCCAUUCAUAGACACACACUGCCACAUUGACUUUUUAUUCAAAAGACUCAACUAUAGAAAUAAGUUCAGUGAUUAUAGAAAAGAUACGUUUAUGAAGAAUUUAACUAAAAACAUUGAUCAUUUUUCUUCAGAUUCUAAACGAAGAUCGUUUUCAAGUUCAUACGAAAUUUCCAACGAGUUAAAAUUUAAUUUGAGAAAUAAAUUUGAUGAAGAUGGAUUGAACUCAGUGAGGAAUGUUCUUUGUGAGGAGAUGACAUCUAGGUUCCCAUUCAUAGACACACACUGCCACAUUGACUUUUUAUUCAAAAGACUCAACUAUAGAAAUAAAUUCAGUGAUUAUAGAAAAGAUACGUUUAUGAAGUUUCCCUCCAACUACGAAGGUUGCAUUGCAGAUUGGUGUCAGCCAUCUUUGUACCCAACUGCUGCUGAUAUAUUGGGCAACUCAUCUUUUAAAGAUGCUUGGGGCAAAACUUCUCCUAAGAUUUGGGGUGCAUUUGGUUGCCAUCCACAUUUCGUUGCAGAUUAUGAUGACUUUGUUGAGAAACAAAUUGAACAUCAUUUUAAAGAAUAUGACAAUGUUAUCGCUUUUGGGGAGAUGGGGUUGGAUUAUUCUGACAGAUUUGGACCAACCGACCACGAACUACAGAAGAAAGUUUUCAUUCGUCAAUUGAAGUUUUGUGAAAAAUUCCAAGUUCCCCUUGUUAUUCAUUGUAGAGACGCAGAUAAAGAUUUAUUUGAAAUAAUGAGAAAGCAUGUUCAUCAUACAACUGCUAUUCAUAGGCAUUGUUUAACUACAGAGAUAUCCGACGUCCAACCCUUACUAGACCACUUCCCCAACCUUUAUGUUGGAUUCACAAACCUUAUCACAAACAGAAGUGCUUAUAAAGCUAGGGGUUCAGCGGGGGUAAUCCCUCUUGAGAGAAUAGUAUUGGAAACAGACGCCCCGUAUUUUAUCCCAGGUUGUGUUUCCCAGGCUACUAAAGGAGCCGUAAAGUUCUCCCAUCCUGGCAUGGCGUCCAGUGUAGCUUGCGAACUUGCAAGGAUCAAGGGUGUUGAUAUUGAUGAUGUGUUGACGCAAGUUCGUGCUAAUGUCAAACAUCUUUAUAACAUAUGAGAUAUGUUUAUGAUGUCAUAGUAUCAUUGGUUAAUUGCACCAUAGCAACAAAGGAUUUAGGUUAUGGAUAUUGAAGAAUGUUGCUUCUGUGAUGUCAUACAUAUGAUUUAUGAUGCCAUGAAUUACUGCUUUUAACACUUCGUUUUUGUGUGUUGAAUUUUACUAAUGACACUAUAUUUUAUUGCAAGACAUUUUGUGUCACAACCUACAACUCUAAGUACCAACUACACUCAUUUUUGCACCUUUCGUUUAUCAUAUUUCCGCAAUAAACCUACAGAAGUUGUAAUAUGCAUUCUAAUACAUUUAAAAUCCAA